GAGGUGUUAAUAUUUAAAAUAUUUUAUAAAAAUCAACUUUACAAUUUAUUUGUUAUUAGAUCAAAAAAAGUUUAAAUGUUUAAUUUAUUUAGGAAUAAGGGAUGUUGGAUCAAUUGUAGCAAAUCAUACACAAACCGACUCCGGUGAUUAGAUUAUCUUGGCGUUUUAACUUUUCUUUCAUCUAAAAACAUAAAUGUAACGUUAAUGUUUUUAAUAUUUUGAUUGAAUUUAAUCUUGGUGACUGUACAAAUAUGUAUUUUAGGUAUUAGUUAAAUGUAAAAAAGCAAUUACAAAUUAGUAAAUUAGUAAAUUAAUAAAACUAUACAAUAAUGUUUUACCAUAUUGCUUUAGAACACGAUGUUUUACUGCAUCCCCGAUACUUUGGUCCACAGUUAUUAGAUACAGUUAAGCAAAAAUUGUACCGUGAAGUUGAAGGUACAUGUACUGGAAAGUAUGGUUUUGUAAUUGCUGUAACACAUAUUGAUAAUAUUGGUUGUGGUCUUAUACUACCGGGACAAGGAUUUGUUGUAUAUACUGUAAAAUAUAAAGCAAUAGUAUUUCGGCCAUUCAAAGGUGAAGUAUUAGAAGCUGUAGUAACCCAGUUAAAUAAAGUCGGAAUGUUUGCCGAAAUCGGACCACUUUCCUGUUUUAUAUCUCAUCAUUCAAUACCAUCAGAACUACAAUUUUGUCCAAAUACAUCUCCACCAUGUUAUAAGUCUAAAGAAGAAAAUAUAGCUAUCCAACCAGAAGAUACAAUUCGAUUAAAAAUAGUUGGCACACGUGUAGAUGCUUCAGGAAUAUUCGCAAUCGGUACUCUUAUGGAUGAUUACCUUGGUUUAAUUCACUAAUACAGAAGCAGAAAUCAAAAUAUACAAAAUGUAUUUUGCAUAAUUUACAAUUGAUAUUAUAUGAUAUUCCUAUUUUAUUGAUAAUUUUAUUUUCUAAUAAAAAUAAACAAAUAGUUUUUGUAAUUGAUAA